UAGUACACACGGUCACCUGGAAUGUCUGCUAUAUCGCAACUCGAUCCGACGCUGGACUGAACACUUGCACCACCCACGGGCAUUGUGCUACACAAAUAUAUAUACCAUACAAACGCAUUACCUCAACGCUUCCCAAAGCCUCUGAUUCUUGAGGUCUUUGGGCAGGACGGAGCAUGCAUGUGGUUCCUCGGACAUUGUAGACACUGCCGGUUGGAACCCAUACAGAGCAGCUCGAUUUUCUCGCCAUAAACCAUGGCCACCACCUCCGAAUCACAUCCGGACUUCCUCCUACGCGGACCAGGAAAAGACGAUGUCAUCUCUUAUGCAUACGUGUGUAAACUUGAAAGAGCAGUCAUCCAAGACGCUCGCAAAGCGUCAUCUGGCCUGCAGUUCCUCACAGGCAGUGCUCCAAAAAUCCGCCUCGGCAAGAGGACGAUCGACUUGACCAUUUCUUCGGAGGCAUUCCGUCAUGAGCUAUACUCCGCUUCUGUGCAGUCUUUGAGUGACUUCAAGUUCAGAAGCAUCAUCAGUCACCAUGUUGGUCUUAAAGUGCACGAACGUAAACAAAGCCUCGGUACGGAUGCUGCGCUCGCCGCCCUACAACAAAACCUCGCCUCAGUGCAGCAACAGAAGCAGGCUUUACACACAAACAUCACCAGCUCGGUGUUGGCAACUCCGCAAAACCGCUACGAUGCCGCAAAGGAGCAGAAAAGAGCAGGGAAACGCGGCUAUGUUGGGCGUAUACCAUCAAGCGACCUUGAUGAAGCGUUGUCAAGAAUUGGGAAAGAGGUGGAUGGCAAAUGGGAAUUGACAAAUCGAGCAUAUAAAGAUUUGGACGUCUGGAAAUUCGCGUAUCGCUCCCAACUGGAAAGACAAAAAGCGAUAGAGAAUGCCAUCAAAGCAUAUGACAGAUUGCGGGUAGGCAAAGAGGACGGCCUAUGGCAGCUGCUGUUGCCUACUGAGAGGCGAGGGAAGGGAGAAACGCUAUCAAGGCUACAGCUUGGCAACAAGAAUGCCACCCCUCGGCAAGUUGGUAGCCCUCUGAAUCCCUGGGAUGGCAGUGGCGAGGAGAAGAAUGGAGGCUCUGUAGCCUCCCCUGCGAUCGGCUCGAUAUCAACACCGAAGAUCCCAGCUGCCAAGGGCGAUGCUGUGUCAAAGCGAUUGCUUUCAAAGGAUCCUAAGAAGGCCCGAGCAGCAGAGGCGACGAAAGACAAGAAGCGCAAGGAGCGCGAUAUUGUUUCUGCUGCAAGCGAUAGGGAAAGCGGCAAUUCUGCUCGCAAACGUCAGGCAACGCAGAGCAAUAACCCCAAGAUCAAAUCUGCUGCUGUCGUGCAUAGCUCAAGUGAUGAAAUGGACGAGGAGAGCACAGUGAAGGUCAACAGCAAGCGAAGCGAGUUACCCGCGAAACCGGCCACGCAGGGCAAGCUGCCUGGAGUUGUGCGUAAAGCCACGACUCAUGCUGCCGCUAAACCCGCUGCGAGACCAGUGCCAGCCAAUAGUCCUCUGACUUCUACCAAAGCCGUUGCGACGAAAGCUGGUUCCGGAAACCUUCAACGGCCGAAUGGCGCAACAGCCGCAGCAAACUCCACAAAAUCUCAAUUGGGUGUGAAAGGUGCUGCCCCAAUCGGAAAGACCACCCCCAAUGGCUUGGCUGCGCCAUCUUCCCAGCGAGUGCAACACAGUCCGCAAAUAGGAGGCAAUCGAACUCAUGUUCCGUCGCCCCUUGGAGCAGCUCGUCCUCGAGGAGCUUCUGAUGGAUCGGAGAAACCAGUAGCCGAGACACAGCGCCAGCGCGCCGGCGCAGAGACCCCCAGCGAGAUCGUUGUGGCCAACGGGCGUCGUAAGGACUCACAAAGCGCCAGAGCAAAUGCAGAGCGACCGAAAGCUGUCAACAGUGCCAAGACACAGUCCCGAAAGCCAACGACGACCGCAUCAGCCCCAGCUAAUCAACCUCAACAAGCGAACGGCAUCAACCGCAGCACAAUUACCAGCCAGAAACGUAAGCCAGUAGACUCGCCCACCGAAGAGCUCAACGAUGCAUCGAAACCCAAACAGCGCAGAUACGCUCUGACUGCGAAUGCCAACUCCAACAAACGCGGUCUCGACAGCAAUGGCGAGACGGUAAGCAACAGCGAUAGCGCGAGCUCCAUCGUCGACGAUAUCACUUUUGACCAAGCACUCGAUGUCGCGGAACGAUUCAACGAGACCUAUCCUCGUUAUUCGAGACUCUACGACGAGUACGAAGCUAAAGUCUCCCGGGGCGAGAUCGUCGCGAAGCAGGAGCAAGACUAUCUUCUAAAAAUGCACAUGCGCUUACGACAGUGGAAGCGAGACAUCGAGGCAGCUGCCGAGAGAGCAAAUGGCAAUGAACUGGGAAAUUCACAAACAUGAAGCCUCUAAGCGCAUGUGUUCGAGUGGCAUAGAGAUGCGGCUCAGA